AUGGGACAGCGGUUACCCUGGCAGGUGAAAUGGGGGUUCUUGCGUUCGGGUGGACUCGGCGAUCUUCGGACGUGUUCGUGUAUGUUCGGGUGGCGUCGGGGGUGUUCGCUGGACGGUGUGAGCAAGUUUUUGCGCAAUGGAGUGUCAGACAAGGACGAUAGUUCGCCUUACUUCGAACAGUCUCUGUAUGAGGCUGAGGUGGACGAGAAUGAAGAGAUCGACACAGCAGUGCUGGCCGUCACUGCAGCUACAGCGAAUAAUGCGACGAAUAUUCGAUACGAGAUUACAGGCGGUAACGUAGCCGGAGUGUUCAACAUAGACCAAGAUGGCGUGUUGAGGGUAGCGGGUCCUAUAGACUACGAGACGAAGAAACAGUAUGACCUGCGAAUAGUCGCUUCGCACAACACGAGUGCCAGUUACACAUCUGUGGCAGUAAAAGUCAGAGACUCCAAUGACAACCCACCGGUUUUUGAGCGACCCGCCUACAAGACACAGAUCACCGAGGAAGAUGACCGAAACCUGCCCAAGAGAGUGCUUAAGGUGGUAGCAACCGAUGGCGACCUAGACAGACCACAGAACAUAGUGUACUCUCUGACAGGACAAGGUAUUGACCCUGACAACCCAUCAAACAGCAAGUUCACCAUAGACAAGCGGUCUGGGGAGAUAUUUGUGUUAAAGCCUCUGGACAGGGAUCAGCCCAGAGGUAGACCAGCCUGGAAGUUCACAGUGUUCGCUCAGGACGAGGGUGGUGAGGGUCUGGUUGGUUUCGCCGAUGUCCAAGUCAACUUGAAGGACAUCAAUGAUAACGCACCGGCAUUUCCUAGCAGCAUAUGCUAUGGCAACAUCACUGAAAACGGCGAAGCAGGUGCAGUUGUGAUGACUAUGACUGCCAUAGACCACGACGACCCCAUGGAAGGUACAAACGCCAAGCUGAGAUACUCUAUAGAGAAGAACGUGAUAGAGGAGGAGACGGGAGCUCCCAUCUUCGACAUCGAGGCAGACACCGGGACUAUCAGGACUGCGGUGUGCUGCCUGGACCGAGAGAGGACGCCGGACUACGCGGUACAGGUGGUGGCCUCGGACGGUGGCGGGAAAAAAGGGACGGGAACUGCCUCUAUUCGUGUGACUGAUGUUAACGACCGACCACCCCAGUUCACCAAGGAUGAGUGGGUGACGGAGGUCCUGGAAACCAACGGAACAACACUGCCUUCUGAGCCCAUCCUUACCGUUACUGUACUGGACGAGGACGAACAGAACGACUUCCACUACAAGGUUAUAGAAAACAGUGGUUUUGGUGCGGACAAGUUUUCUAUGGUUCGAAACCCAGACGGUACCGGGUCAUUACUUGUAACCCAACCUUUGGACUAUGAAGAUACACUUCACAAAAACGGGUUUAGAUUCAGAAUACAGGUCAACGAUCAGGGUGUGAAAGGAGAGGCGGACAAGCUUCACACGGCGUACUCGUGGGUGGUCGUCAAGCUCAAGGACAUCAACGACAAUUAUCCACAAUUUGAGAGAAGCCAUAUUGAGGUCGCCAUUGACGAGGAUGCCGAGGUUGGCAGUCCUCUCGAGGUCUUUAGAGCUAAGGAUCCGGACCAGGGGAGCAAUGGGAAGGUAGUAUACAACAUAGACCGAGCGACUGACAGGAAACGAAACUUCCGCAUCAGCCAGGAUGGAACAGUUUAUAUACAAAGAACCUUGGACAGAGAAGAGAAGACUAACUUUACACUACGUAUUCUGGCUGCUGACGAAGGUAGCCCAGCUCGGACCUCCACAGCAGCCAUGACUGUCCUGGUGUCAGAUGUCAAUGAUAACGCCCCAGUGUUAGCUCACCAGUACAGACCAGUCAUCAUGGAGGGGGAGCCCAGCAGUAAGGUAGUGGAGCUGGUGGCUCAGGAUGCAGACGACGCUACGAGAGGCAAUGGUCCUCCUUUUGUCUUUUCCAUUGAUCCUGUGGCAGACGAUGUCCUCAAGGCCUCCUUUAAAGUAGAGAACAUUCCAAGAGGAGCCGGCGGCAAUGGGACUGGGGUUGUUUGGUCCACUCGCGCUCUGGACAGAGAAGAACGCAAGGAGUACCUCGUCCCCAUCGUGAUCCGUGACUCUGGUAGACCUCAGAUGACCGGAACAAGCACCCUGACUGUCAUUGUAGGAGAUGUCAACGACAACCCUAUGUUCGGGGGAAGAAAACACAUCUUCGUCUACAACUACAUGGGACAGAUACCUGACACAGCGAUAGGACGGGUCCACGUGGAGGAUCUGGACGACUGGGACAUUCCGGACAAGAUGUUCUACUGGGACUCAAGUGAACACGUCAGGUUUCGCCUCAAUGAAGACACUGGCAUGAUCACCAUCCGACAAGGCACUCCUGACGGACGGUACAUUCUAAGAUUCAAGGUGUACGACCGGAGACAUACCAGGACAGAGGUAUUUUGCAACGUAACGGUGACAGUGAAGGAACUACCACAUCAAGCCGUGCUCAAGUCUGCCUCUCUAAUGAUCACUGGCCUAACAGAUGAACAGUUUAUUGCGGAAGAUCACAAUGUUUCUCAAGGUGGUAGCAAAGCCAGCCGGCUCCGUGAGAAGCUCGCUGACCACCUAAGGCUGGAGGUGCGGCAAGUCGAUAUCUUCAGUGUGCAGACCGUAAAAGGAUCUCCUCCAAUGACAGAUGUGCGGUUUUCAGCACACGGUGCGAGAUAUUACAGUCCAGUCAGACUACAAGCCGUCCUUCUGCUCAAUAGAGUUCAGAUAGAGGAGACUGUCGGUAUCAAUAUAACAAUGGUGGGGGUUGACCGGUGUUUGUCAGAGACUCAAUGUCCUGACUCCUGCACAAACACACUUAGUGUGAGUCACGAGCCUUCUCUAGUCAACGCCAACCGUACAGCAUUGGUAGGAGUUCAGGUAACAACAGUUCCGAGAUGUACUUGUGGAGCAAGGGACUACAAUGUGCCUGUCAGCUGCAAGAACAAACCUUGUCUGAAUGGAGGGAAAUGCUCCCAGCUGAAAACAACUGUUAGCUGUUCCUGUCCGUUGAGCUACACGGGCCCGCGCUGUCAGCAGACGACGCGCAGUUUUCGCGGGGACGGCUGGGCGUGGUAUCCCUCUCUGCAGUCUUGCCACGAGUCACAUCUCUCUGUAGAGUUUAUCACUGACCAUGAAAACGGUCUCAUCCUGUACGAUGGUCCUGUCACCCCUCCUAGACCUGGACAAGACGUAGUCUCUGACUUUAUAUCACUAGAAAUAGCAAGAGGACAGCCAAGACUCUUAGUAGAUUUUGGGUCAGGCACUCUUGAGCUAAAAGUUAAAACACGAGCGAGUUUAGCAGAUGGACGAUGGCAUCGUCUGGACGUUUUUUGGGAUAAAGAGUUCGUACGCAUUAUGGUGGAUCUAUGCAAGACAGCUGAUAUAACUGAAACUGAAAACGACACCAGAAUAGACAUCGACGACACUAGCUGUCAGUCCAACGGAACUAUGCCGCCAUUUCACGAACACCUCAACGUUAAUUAUCCGUUGCAGGUUGGUGGGCGCCAUACCCUGGGUGUAGACCCCGUCACCUACCAUUGGCACCACGCUCCCUUAGCCACGGGCUUCCAUGGCUGUAUCAAAAACUUGGUAUUUAAUACUCAGAUGUACGACCUAGCUCAGCCAGGGUAUUCCAAGAACAGUGUUGGAGGCUGUCCUCAAGUGGAAGACUCGUGUGUCAGGCAGGAUCCUACGCUGCGGUGUUGGGACAGAGGUCAAUGUACAGGCAGUCUUUCAGGAGGAGACGCCAAGUGUGAAUGUCUCCCAGGCUACAGCGGUAGAGUUUGUACCCACGCCACAACCCCCACCACCUUCCUCCCCCAGAGUUACGUCAAGUUUGCCCUCUCCUUCGACCCCGACCACUUCCACACCGAGAUACAGCUGAGGUUUCGUUCCAGAGAGAGUUCUGGGGAACUCUUUCGAGUCAGUGAUCAACACGCCCGAGUCUACGCUAUUUUGGAGUUGGCAAACAAUAGACUGCAGUUUCGAUAUAACCUCAACAAGUUGACAGUCGAAGAAAGAUGUCUACAGCUGUAUUGGGUCGAGGUUACUGACGGUCAGUGGCACGUCGUCACUGCGGUGAGGUGGGGGAGUAUGGCGGAGUUGAGACUAGAUGGAGGGGAGGGCAGACGACACAACGAGACGUUUGUUUUGGCGGGACCGCAGUGGCUCCUAGUUGACAAACAGGAGGGAGUCUACGCCGGAGGGAAAGCGGAGCACACAGGAGUCAGAACAUUCGAAGUGCUAGCUGACUUUCACACAGGCUGCAUCGACGACAUAAGACUGAACGGGUUCUACCUGCCCCUGCCACCCUCAGUGAACGGGACCCAGUGGGGCCAAGCCACCAUGGCUCGCCACCUCGGCCGUGACUGUCCUUCCAGCAACUCGUGUGCCAGCGCCACCUGCCAAGAGCCGUUCUCCUGUGUCGACCUCUGGAACGACUACGAAUGCUCUUGCGGAGAAGGUCGCAGCAUCUCGACUGACGGCAAGUCAUGUGUGGACCGCAACGAGUGUCUGGAGUCCCCUUGUCAGAACGGCGGAGUGUGUGUCAACCAAGAGCCGAGGUCUCGGUACCGCUGCGUGUGUCUGGACGGGUUCUGGGGAGACCACUGUGAGAUGGUACAGGAGCCGCAGACUAUGAAGUUGGGGCUGGGAGCUCUCGUCACUAUCCUGGGCUGUCUGCUUAUAAUACUGGUGAUCGUUCUGGCCCUGGUGAUGUACAACAGACGACGAGACGAGCCUGUCAAGAAGCCGCGACCUGAGGAUGACAUCAGAGAGAACAUCAUCAGCUACAAUGAUGAGGGAGGGGGAGAGGAUGAUAUGACGGCGUUCAACCGAAGCACAAUGAAGAUGGACAUUCACUGCAACGAGAAACAGACUAUAACGAUGGUUGAACUUCCCCCACUAGAGGCAGUAAAACAGUUCGAAGCAGAACACACUCUUUUGGCUUUUGAUGACUUCAGAACGUUCACUGAGGAAGGCUCUGGGAGUCUGGCUAGUUCUCUCUCUUCUCUUGCAACUGAAACGGAGUUUAAACAACGAGAGUGCAAUCUGUCUGAACAACAAGCUCUAAAGUUUCAUAGAAUAGCUGAAAUAUAUUUGAAAAGAGAUAAAGCUUCCUAGCUAGACUUUACUGUGCACGUGUGAAGUUUAAAUAAAACAACGAGUUGUAAAAUUUAGAAAUAUUAUAAUUUUAAAUUUAUGGAAAAAGAGUCGUAAGCGAAAAUGGUGCACAUUGACAACGUGUAUUUGUUUAACCUAACAAAUUGGCUCCUGCAAAUGUAAAUAUGUUUACUUAUAAUUACCGACUCUAUUGGAUCGAAAUUUGAAUAUAAUGUACCUGUAAACGACGUAGUUUCGUUGCAGUAAGGUUGUAGAUUGCCAGUUACGUGAUAUUAUUUGCACUAUAAUACUCAUUUUAUUUUAAUACAGAUUGUGCUUGGUAACAAAUAAAUUCACUUGAUUGAAACAAGUUUACUAAUAUAGUUUUUUUUUGUGAAAAUAAGCUAUUCAUUUUAACACUUUGUAAAUUACAGCUUACACACGAAGUAAUAACUCUUUAGAAAUACACAGUGUUUUGAAUUGUCUUCUUUUUACAUACGGAUGAAGUGACAUACUCCAAAACGUAUCAUAUAAGAAUAAAUAUUUAUACCAGCACUGUUUUCUACGGUUUGGUACUUUCCAAUUUCUUGUCUAACGUUCUCAACUUAUGUUUAUUGUAAAUAUGUAUAUAUGGACAAGACUUUUUUACAAUGGAACACGUUCGAUGUGCCUUUCCAUAAUCGUUUUAGUUUUGUGGAUGUUUCUAAUUUUAUUUUAAACAUUAAAAGAAAUUACUUCUAUGUAUUGAAUUGUAAAUUAUUCUCAUGCAAAGCAUGAAAAAUGUAAAUGAUAAUGUGUAAGGUUUUUUACAAUAAAGUUCUAAAAAUAAAAACUCCUAGUAAAAUUGGAGCUUAGUAUAAAAAUCAACUCUAAAAGGUUUAUCCAGAUAUACCGUGUGAAUCCAUGCAAACGUAACAUACGUAAUAGACAUCCAACCAACUCGAUGUUAAUACAUUGCUCAAAGCAUAGAGUCAUUCCACUUAACUUACAUUUCAAAUGCAAACAUGUUUUGUUUCUAUUUAAGAGUGACCGAGUCACUAAUGUUUCGAAAUAACUGUGAUACUUGUAAUAUAUCGUAGGAUUUUGUUUAUGAUUAGAUAGUUUAUAUUGAUUCGUAAUGGUUUUGUUAUUAUUGAA